AUUUGGUUCCUGAACUGUUGCAGCGCUCAGUUCAGCCGCCACACACACUCACCUAAUUCCUUCCCCCUCUUUCACUCACACACACUCACACACACUCACACACACGGCUCCAAUCACACUGGUAGUGGAAGACCCUGGACAACAGCCCUGGACCCGGGACUCCGAGCUGCCGGCUCUGACUGACUGAGAGGCGUUUAAGGAAGGAGAAGAGAAGUAGGGGAGGGAGAAAAAAAAAAAAGGUGAUACAAAGGGAAGGAAACGAGAACAGAGAGUGGGGAGGAUAAGAGGAGCGCACCGCUUUGCGUUCGGUGAAUCCUCCAGAUCGAGAACGCAGCUGACGAUGGAGAACACAUGAGGAGGGAGAAGUGUAAAGGGAAGACUGGGGGGGAAAUGCUCCAAAGUAAAGUUUGUGGAUAUUUUUAGAAGGAUUUUUAUUUUUAAUAUUUUUUUCAUUUUUUACGCCUGAACUUUGGGAAGGAAUUGGAGAAGGUCGACCGUGUGCAGACUGCAAACGGAGAAAAGUGACUUUCAUUCGUCGGCCUUUGACGCCCUUCCAUCUACCUCCAAACCUUCUGCACAGGUGGGACGUCUCUCUGAGAAGCAUGGCGGCCGACAGCGCUUCGUCCUGCCACCUCGUCCUCCUCUUCCUCCUCUCCUCCCUGGCCACCCAGCCCGCCCUCACCCAGGACCCGUCCGUCACCGCAGUGACUGUAACGGAGGGCGACCCGUUCAUAGCCCCCACCACGCUAGCCAACCAGACGGGCCCCGGCUAUUCGGAGACCACCCAGGACACUCCUCUAGAGACUGGGCUUUCCACUCCCACCAGCGGCGGAGACGCGGACGACGAGGACGUGCCCCCCGUCGGCGGGACGCGCUGCCAGGGUUACUACGACGUCAUGGGCCAGUGGGACCCGCCGUUCAACUGCAACGCCGGCGUCUUUCUGUACUGCUGCGGCACCUGCUUCUACCGCUUCUGCUGCCAGUUCCGGCAACAGCGGCUGGACCAGAGAAUCUGCUCCAACUACGACACGCCGAUCUGGGCCAACACGGGCAAGCCGGUGGCCACCAUCACCGAGGGCCAGGAGGACCCGGAGCGGGACCGCACGCACCUCAUCGUCUACAUCAUCUGCGGCGUGGUGGCCAUCAUGGUGCUGGUGGGCAUCUUCACCAAACUGGGCUUGGAAAAGAGCCGCGGAGGGAACAGCGGAGGGACCGGGAUGGCUCAGGCGGACCUCAACUCCAGGACGCUGACAGACCUACUGAAGCAGCAGGGAACCGAGGUGAACUCGGUGGAAAAUGCCACGGCGAGUCCGCCCAGCGGAGGGCGAGCCAACGGCGUCUCAGCCAGGAUACAGCGCAGCAGGAGUGAACAGUACCACCUGAAUAACUCGGCUUACGGACCGCUCGGACGAGGGCUCCCACACCCGCACAGCAACCACAGCGCAGUGGGUCUGAACAAGUACACCUCCCUCAAAGCUGUGGCCGACAGCGCAUCUCGUAGCUACUACAAGAGCUUCCCCCUCAUGGACUUCUCCCAGUACCAGCCUGUCGCUCCGCCCGCCUUCCAGCCCAUGCCCGUGCAGCCCAAAGAGAAGUCAUACAUCCACCAGCCCCUGCCAGCGCACCACGACAUUCACGCGCCCCUCUCCAUCUCCAUCCCCUCCAGCCACCUCGAGCACUCGCGCCUCCCCAAGACGAGCACGCACCCGUUCCUUUCCAGCUCGGCCUUCACGGCCUGGGAGCCAACUGGGCGCCACGUCCACAGGCAGGUCUCGGCCCCGGGGCACACGUCCACCUCCAGGCACAGCUCCACCCGGAGACACGGCUACUCCACCCGGAGGCAGCAGAGCAUAGAGAACAUGCCCGAUAUCUUUAGUCAGCCCUAUGGAGGGAUGUAUGGAGGAGGUGUGAGGGAAGCGGGGCAGGGGCAGUAUGUCCAGGGGCAGCAUUCAUCUCAGCCUCCCUAUUACCAUCACACCAGGCAGAAGAGCUAUUCCACACACAGCACGACUGAGGUGACCGUCUGAGCGCCAACGACUCGGAGAGCAGCCCACAACCAGUAGUAAACACAAAAAUAAAACGCUUUGUGGUAGCUAAAUACCAGAGUUUGGGACAAUUAGCCCAACAUGUGAGGUAUUAAGUGAGGUGAGUCACUCAGACAGACAUGAUGAAAAAGGGGUGUUUUCAUAAGUGGGAUUCAGACGCAGAAGCAUCGCUCUUAAAGGCAACGGACACAGCAAGUAAAGAGUUUAUUCCUGAACUCCGUCACAUUUCCUUACAUAUAGACUGUACCUAAAGGAAAUCUAAAACCAUUCUCAGGCUCUUAUAGGUUGCACAGUCUUCACAGAUCCUCAACUACUGCAGUUCUGACAAUGUGGUUGUAGGGACACGAAUAGGGGAACAGGAAACAAUCCUCAAGCGGAGACUUUUAUUUCGCAUGUGAUCAUUUUCACAUCUUGUUUUUUUAAGCAGGAAUAAAUCGUUUGUCGGCGUCACGGUCAGGUUGGGUCGUUAAAACAUUCCACCAUGAAAACUGAAGCCAGCUGGCCACACGUGCUGCUAGCACGCAGCUAGUUUGAUUUUAAUGUAGUAUGUAGCUUUAUUUUCAGAUCCACACUAAAACUCAGGAAUUUGUUUUCGUAUUUGUUGCAAACCGUUUCCGUCUAUACUUUUGCACCCUCACCCUUAAAAGCAUAGAUAAACAUUUUUUGGAAAUAUAAUCGUUGACUUUGGACUUAGAUGAGGAGGUCGAUAUCACUUUCUUAUCUAAAUAUGAAGCGACCAAUGGGCAAGUAGCUCGGCUUGGUAAAAGCGACAGUAGCGCACAGGGGUCUUGUCUUACCGACAUGUCAUUUUAUUUGACACUUUAAUUUUUUAUGUGGAUUCCGCAAGCAAGAUAAUAUGUUGAUGAUGAGCUUUAAAUGUCCCGGUAGAAGGAUUUUAUUGGUUUUGGACUAAGCAAGGCCAGGCUAACCGUUUCCCCCCUGACCUUUGCGCUAGCUAAAUUGUCCAACGCCUGGAGGAAGCUUCAUAUUUUGCGUACAGACGUGAGAGUGGUAUCAAUCUUCUCAUCUAAGGGUCGUGACACACCAAUUUGCUGGUGUCAGGCAAUUGGUGAGCAUGUGUUUUAUUGGUUAGCAAAGGACAGACAUCAGUUAGUGGUUCCUUAGGCGAUUCAGCGUGUUGUAUUGGCCGAAUGAACACUUUUGGUUGGUAGUUUAGCUUGGUGAACAUGUGCAUGAGAAGAGCAAAGUGACUAUAGUGAGCAACCAGGCAGUUUGCAAGCUAAUAGUAGCUCAUCCAGUACCCCCCCUUUUUUAAUGACAGAUACUAACUUCUGCCACCUGCAGGCAUUAUACGUGGCAGCUGGCUGAGGGCUUUUAAAGUGUUUAAGUGUAACUAUUUGGUCCAGACACAGACAACGUCAAAGUCUGCCUUCGUUCCUGGUAGGUCUUCGAUGUCAGUUUGGUGUGUCUGUACCUCCCUGUACUAUUAUAUCACUACCCCGUGUAACAAGGACAGGUGCCUCAGCAAGAUGAUUAGGGGAGAAAUGAAAACUAUAAAAAGUGAACAUAAUAUAUCCCUGUGCUUAAUAAAUGAAAUCGCUGUAGUUGCAUUAGAGGGUUUUGCAGUGGUAGUUGAGAAGUUAAGGAGUGGAUGUACCCCAGUGGAUGGACUCUUAAGUCUGAUUUGGAUCAGUAAAAGGCCAAAUAUAUUUUAGAAAACUGAUCUGUCUGCUAUUUUAAAAAUGAACUAUAUAUAAGCGUUUCAGGUGGUAGUUCAGUUGAAUCCAUGUAUAAUGAUAUCUUAAUUUGAGCCAAUCAUGUUUUUUUUGUUGUUUUUUUUAUGAUACACUGGACGUUUCCAUCUGUGGUCUAUAAAUCCCAUAUCUUCUAGUUACAGAUCGCAAACCAUGCACUAAUCAUGUCGAGGCAACAGUUCAGUUAGUCUCCAGCCUCUUCUUGUAAAAACACCUCCACUAUUUUGCAUCUCUCAGUCUACCUCCAUGCGCGGCCGCUCUCUCCUCGUUCCUUUUCUCUCCCCCCAUUCGGCCUCUUAUAGCAACUCUCCCACAAUGUAGCGCUUUGCAUUCUUUACCACAAGGCCAAGCACACGGGCUGCGUCCCCGAGGUCACAUUAACUCUGACGGUGAGGACAAUGCCACCAUCAUGUCAGCUCCCAUCAGCCUCCAUCCCAACCACAGAGAGGAGAAGGAAAGGAGGGAAGAGAGGGACGGCGUAAGAGCCAGAGGCUGGGGCUCUUUAGAAAAAAAAAAAAAGAGAGAGAGAGAGAGAGAAAGGAAGGAGAGAGAAGAAAAAAAAAUUGAAAAACAAACAUACACUGCUGCGUGGUUCCCUUCCUCGGGCUAAGGAAAGGGAAAGAGUCAGUAUGGAUCUGGGUCUCUCACUAUUGAACUGUCUGGGUCAUAACACAGGACGUGUGGUGCCUCUAUGUGAUUUCUAACCCAUAGCCUCCAUUCCAGGGGAAUUUGCUGAGGCAUUUCCGGGCCUGGAGCGUUAACAUUUCUAAUUUCGUCUCUGGAGCCCGGACAGCACAAGACACUGUGCAGAGUUGUUGUUUUGAACGUGCAAUACUUGACGCUUCCACUGGACUUGUUGGUGAAGGUUUAAGGUUGGACCCUCCCCACCCUGCCCCCCCCAGGAACUGCACUAUGAUGUGAACUGUUAACGGUGGUUGCACAUGUGUCCAGAAAUGCUUCCAUAAGGUUCAUUAAGAAUAUUUGCAGUGGAAAAGCUGAGAGAGAAACGUUUUUUGGUUGUUGUUGUUUUUUUUUUUUUGUAUUUUGUUACUUUUUUGUGGCAGUUGAAUUGACAGUCAAACAGAAGCUGAAUUACACAGAUUUUAGGUUUGUUUAGCCAAACGAUCAGUGCAGAUGAAACUGUGUCAAGAAGACAUUUUGAUGGGAAAAAACACAGUUGCUACAUAAGGACAAAUCAAACAUCAAAUCCAUCUCACACACUCAUAGAAAUUUAAACUUCUAAAUCCUCCUCAGAGACAUCCCGUUAUGCUGGAAGUAUUAGGCCUGAGAUAUAAAACACCAUCUCUAAUGUCCUGUAAGGCCACAAAUUACAACAACGCAAGCUUAAUAUCUUCCUAAAUAAUAUACACCGAUGAGCCACAAUAUUAAAACCACUGUCAGGAGAAAUGAAUAAUGUUCUUGACCAUGUUCUGCUGGGAAACUUUUGGACAAUGUCAAUAUUACUAAGACAUGACGACUCACCUAGACCAGACCAGACGCCCCCACCUCAUAACAAUCACACUCCUUGAUGGCAGCGGUCCCCCCUUGAUGCAGCCUGACUCAAUAUGUCAUUAUUAACACAUUUGCUCAAGGGAUUUUGAAUUAGUUGAAUAUUAAAAGGGAAAUCCCGGAAAAUCUGUUUCAAAAGAGACAGAAUAUGUAAUAAAAUGUUUUCUCUCCUCUGUCAAAAUCUAUAACUUUACACUAUCUCUGAGCUCAGAGCAAGUCCGUUUAGGUUUGAACCAAACGUAACUAAUGCAGCAAAAACAAAUUCAGCGUUGGUUUACACUAAGCAGAGGUGAAGGUGAGAUCACACCCAAAGAUCCACCAUCCACUGAGAUAAACUCAUCACACAGAUACUUCACAGUGACAUUCGGCCCUCACGGACCACACAGAACCAGCCCUCAGACUAGGACACUAAUUCGUGGCAUGUGUAUUUGUACGUUACAACCAGUCAUGGUAGACGGCAUAGAUUGAUAGAUGCUGUUUAGGGCACCGUGAGAAGAGAGAGGAACCAAAAUUUUCGCUGAGCACAUCUCUUCUGCUUUUCGUGUUUUCUCAUAUUUGACGCCCAACCGCGCCGUGUCUGUCAUUGCUGAUUCUCGGUUCUGACGCAGCAAAGCAUCCUGGGACGGCAUCUGUUCCUCCUAAUGCGCGAUGACGGGAUUUAAAAAAACGCUGAGACCUGUCGGUUCAGGAACACAUUUUGAUUUCAUUUACUUUGUGUAAGGAGUAGCCGUUUAGUUGUUUGCGGUGACGUCUUUCUCGGCAUGAAAUAAUUUUUUCUCCCCCUGAUCUUUGUAAAACAAACCACUUGUCUCUUCUGUUUCUGAUUAACACCUUGUGUACAUUAUUGUUCAAUUUUGUCAAGAGCCUUUUUAUGAAGUGUGAACACCGUUUGAUAAUCAUCCCACUUUGUUCAUAAAUAUUGUACAAAUAUGUUUAUUUAAUGGUAUUCCCUAUAUAUUUUAUUUAAAUAAGGGCUGUAUUAACUAAUUCAUUUGAAUUCUAAGAGUAUUUAUUAUAACUGUCUGAGUCUAACAGAAUAUAUUAUGUCAUGUCAAUGAAGAUGGUGCAUAGAGAGAAUUAUAUAAGAACUACAUUUCCUGAUGUGCAAUAGUGAAGGCUGAAGUACUGUAUGUCUGCCGUGGCAAAACACAGUGACACAAAUUAACCGUAGUGUGCGACAAAGAGCUGUGAAGCAGACGUCUUUCCGUCGGGCACCUACACAAUAGUGACAUUUCUUAAGUGUUAACAGGCGCUGUGCAAAAGUGAGAAAAGUUUAAAGCUGUACAGGAGGUAGAGAUAUACUCAGUGCAGUGUUAAGAUACUGAGCUGUCCUCGUUUACGCAACCUUCACGCAGAAAAACAGGAGUUCAGCCGAGAGAACAGGAAGGUGUUAAAUGUAUAAAUAUAUAGAAUGUGAGCUGAAGCGUGUCAGUGUCCAAUGCAGUAUGUAGCAAAAACGUGUAUAUACUGUACGUACCUGUUCUUCUUACUGCAACAGAACGACUCAUUUAUAUCCAAACUGUUCUUUACUGAAGGUGUUUAGUAACUGAUGCCACUUUUGAAGGUGCAAUAUUAAAAAAAAAUGGUAAACUAA